GCUUGUGCUCUGAUAAUAUUAAGUCGUAGCUUCGUAAGCUGUAAGUACUCUAAGAAACAAGAAUAACAAAUAAGCAUCUCUUAGUAGUAACCGAGAGAAAGUGAUGGUAACAGCUCACGAGUGAACAUUAUACGAGCAAACGCGACACGAUAAGGAUAGAUAUAUAAUAGUCUACGAAAAAGAAGACGGAUUAUAAGAGCGAUUUUGUUUGAAGAAAUACGAAAGGUGGAGCUAUGAGUCGUAGCGGUGCAGUAAAGACGCUCAAGUCGCACCAACGUGGCGACAGAGGUACAGCUUUUCUCUGUUUCACUUGUGCUGUUUGUUUUGUUCUAAGCGUUACCUGUACUUUUCUCGGCACUCUUGUUAUCCUCGAUCAGAAAGUCGAGGCUGCCAGUUAUCGAUACGAUCCAAGUAAAUUGGAAACGGUCGCCAUCAUGAGCCACGAUCAACACGAUGAUUAUACUUUCAGAUUACCGAAGGAAGUCAAACCGAUUCACUAUGAUAUUUAUUUAUAUCCCGAUCUUAACAAUGGUACAUUCGUGGGUAAAGUUACGAUCCUUAUAGAUGUUUUAGACAAAAGAGGCCAAAUUGCCCUUCAUCAAAAGGAUCUCAAUAUUACUCAUAUCGAGCUAAAAACUUAUGAUCGCGAAGAGAACUAUGAAAUCGAAUUAUUGCCUCCAUUUACGGUCGCGAAAUAUGAAAUGCUUGUUGUUCCUAUAAAGAACGAGAUCAAUUCAGGACUUUAUAAUCUAUCUAUUGAAUUUAAUGGGGCUCUUCAACCGGAUAAAAUCGUCGGUUUUUACUCGAGCAAAUAUAAAGACGAGAAUAAUAAAACGAGAUAUAUCGCUACUUCGAAAUUCGAACCAACCUAUGCGAGAAGAGCGUUUCCUUGCUUCGACGAACCUUCGUUCAAGGCCAAAUUUUCAGUGAAAUUAGUUCAUCCUACCGAUAAUUGUUAUAAUGCACUUUCCAACAUGAACGUCAAGAGUACUCUUAUUAAUCAACCAAGCCCUGGACUUACAACCGUGGUUUUUGCCGAAAGUGUACCUAUGUCGACUUAUUUGAGUUGCUUCAUAAUCAGCGAUUUCGUAGCUGUAACAAAAAAAGCAAAAGGUUUUGAUGGUCGAGAAUUUCCAAUUAGCGUAUACACUACCAGAGCACAAAGGGAAAAAGGCUCUUUUGCUCUUAGUAUUGGUGUUGAUAUCAUUGAGUAUUAUAUCAAUUUAUUCCAUAUAGACUAUCCUUUACCUAAGCUUGAUAUGAUUGCAAUACCAGAUUUUGUAUCGGGUGCGAUGGAAAAUUGGGGUAUCGUAACGUACAGAGAAGCGAGAUUACUUUACGAUAAUCAAACUAGUUCUACUCGAGAGAUGCACGACAUCGUCACCGUAAUUAGUCACGAAUUUGCACAUAUGUGGUUUGGCAAUCUAGUUACAAUGAAGUGGUGGAACGAUCUAUGGCUAAAUGAAGGUUUUGCUUCGUUCAUGCAAUACAAAAGCGCGAAUGCUAUUCUUCCCGAUUGGGGACUGAUGGAAGAAUUUCUACUCGACCAAAUACACUUGGUCUUCGUUACAGAUGCAAAAUGGAGUACUCAUCCGAUCAUUCAAACUGUCAACAAUCCUGACGAGAUCACAUCUAUUUUCGAUGAAAUCUCUUAUAGAAAGGGAUCAUCCAUCAUACGUAUGAUGGAAAAUUUUAUUGGUGUUGAUAGAUUUUACAACGGUAUUAGAACCUAUCUGAAUAGGUUCACCUAUCAUAAUGCGGAGACGACCGAUCUCCUUAAUAUUUUGCAAGAACAAGUUGGCACAGAAAUAAACGUGACGGAGAUCAUGAAUACCUGGACCAGACAAAAUGGUUUUCCAGUGGUGAAUGUCCGUAAGACUGAAAACAAAUACGUGUUAACGCAAAAACGUUUCUUGGCCGAUCCAGACACUCAAAUCGAUCCUUCGGAAUCAGAUUACGGAUAUAAAUGGAUAAUACCUAUUACGUAUAUUACUAAUAAAUCAUCAAGGCCAACUUUAGUCUGGUUCAAUAAUAAUGCUACUAAUUUGGUGAUCGAAUUGGAAGAACCUGUCGAAUGGAUUAAAUUUAAUAAAGAUCAAGUUGGUUACUAUCGCGUUAAUUAUGAAACAACGGAAUGGGAAAAUUUAAUUCAUUUGCUUAAAUAUUAUCACAAGAGAUUAUCUGUAUCAGAUAGAGCUCAUCUCUUGGAAGAAGUAUUCAGUUUAGCAUCUGCGGGUGAACUUGACUACGGUAUCGCCAUGAAUAUGACCAAAUAUCUUCCACAAGAAAAUCAUGUUAUUCCAUGGACUGUUGCAUCGAAAAAUUUAUUGGCCAUAGAUCAAUUUUUGUCGUCAACGAAUUUAUCUACUAUUUUUAAGUCAUACGUAAGAAACUUGGUUGAUAGCGUGUAUCACGAUGUAACAUGGCGUGUAGAUAACACGGAAGAUCAUGUAAUGCUAAGGCUUCGUUCGGUAGUAUUAGAUCUGGCUUGUUCGGUGGGUCAUAUAGAAUGUUUAGAAGAAGCAUCCGAAAUCUUCAAAAAGUGGAUAAACGAUAUAAAGGACGUUCGUCCGCAUCCUGAUAUUCGAGGAUUAAUUUAUUAUUACGGCUUACAUUAUGCUGGUUCUGAAGCUGAGUGGAAUCUUAUGUUUGAUAAAUUUGUUCAGGAAACCGAUUCGUCUGAAAAAUUAAAAUUGAUGCGUGGAUUAACGGGAACACGAGAAAGUUGGCUUUUGAACAAAUUUAUCACUAUAGCGAAGAAUGAAAAUUACGUUCGUGCACAAGAUUUUUUUUCUUGUUUGACGGCAAUUUCUAACAAUCCUGUUGGCACACCUCUCGUUUGGGAUUGGGUUCGAGGAAACUGGGAGUUUUUAGUUCAGAGAUACACUUUAAACGAUCGAUACCUUGGACAACUUAUACCUGGAAUUACAAAAACUUUUGCUACGGAAACGAAGUUGAACGAAAUGAAAGCCUUUUUCGAAAAAUAUCCUGAAGCCGGUGCUGGUGCAUCGAAUCGGGCGAAAGCAUUGGAGACAGUACAGAAUAAUAUAAAAUGGUUAGCGAGAAAUACAGGCAAACUUGAAAACUGGUUGAAUUCACAUUCGAGCAAUUAAUCCGACUGAUUAAACUAUACUACUAAUCCAUUUUUAUGAAGAAUAAUGUUAUCAAAUAAAGAAAACCUACGAUAA